AUGGUCGCCAAACGCUCCCCGAGAUACGGCGAGUACGAGAGCCAAGGGGCGAAGUGGGCGAAGUGGCUUAGGAACCCAUAUUCUUGCCCGAUUCCACGUUCACUGCACACGGUGAGAUCAUUGAGAAAGAGCGGAUGGUCGGUACGUCGAGACUUUCGCUCAAAUGCUCACCGUGCCACACGAACCUGGGACUACUUGGUUCCUCCUCAGGUUGUAUCGGUCGCUGCAAAAUAUAGCCUUGAGACUCGCCCCGUUUACAAAAGGUUCACGGCUUCCAAGUUAACCCAAGAUCGUCGAGGUAAAUAUGGCUGCAACAAAUACUCCAUUCAAGUCGGGCCCGGCAUCAUCUUUGCCCUCAGUAGCAACCGAGUCGAUGGGCCACACUGGUCCGAAAUUGCCUGGGCCCUCUACCGCCGCCAGAAUUACAAAGAGGGUCUACGGGUUGUCCUUCGAGUUGACAUCUCCAAUGAACAGACCAUGAAAUUUAUCCAAGAGGAGUUGUAUACCUCCAAGACUGGCUAUAUAUGGCCUGAUCCUGAACCGCGGGAAUGGAAGAUGGGUACGCAUGAGUACCAGGCCCUUCUAGGCACUCCCAAUGCCCGCGCAGUAGCCGCUUUGGUGCUGACGGCCUUUCCGCCGGGUACACGACAUAUUCCAGUGAUUCUCACUUGGGCCGAUGAGAACGAUAAGCUGCAGAUGCUGUUCGCCAUCGCGAACGAGACUUCGACGUAG